AUGCCCGGUCCGGCGGGAGGGCGGCAGGAAACGGCGAGAGCUGCAGAUGAUGCCAUGGACGGGGGGGCCCAGCAGAGCUGUGUCCGGGACCCCCCCGAGGUGGGCAGCGUGGAGCAGGAGGGGGACGUGGGCGAGGGGCCGCCUGCCACCGACCUGCGCCGCUCGCAGCCCCUCUUCAUCCACAGCACCAGCCGGCCGCUGUCAGAGGAGGAGCCGCGUGCCUCAUCACUGCCCAACAUCCCCAACCCCUUUCCUGAGCUCUGCAGUCCUUCCAAUUCGCCAAUCCUCAGCAGCCCCCCUGGCGGGCAGGGACCCCCCCGUGAAGGCGCCUGUCAUCUGGUGAAGGUGUUCAGCGAGGACGGGUCAUGUCGCUCACUGGAGGUGUCAGCAGGCACGACAGCACGGCAGCUCUGUGAGAUGCUGGUGCAGAGGACGCACGCGCUGCACGACCACAGCUGGGCCCUGGUGGAGCUGCACCAACACCUGGCACUGGAGCGCUGCCUGGAGGACCACGAGUCGGUGGUGGAGGUGCAGAGCAUGUGGCCCCUUGGUGCUGACAGCCGCUUCGUCUUCCGCAAGAACUUCGCCAAGUAUGAGCUCUUCAAGAGCAACGCGCAGUCCCUCUUCCCCGAGGUGAUGGUGUCCAGUUGUCUGGAGGCAAAUAAGAGCAUGGCGCACUCGGAGCUCAUCCAGAACUUCCUGAACUCCGGGAGCUGCCCUGAGGUGCAGGGCUUCCUGCAGCUGCGCGAGGCCAGUCGCAAGGUCUGGAAGCGUUUCUACUUCUCCCUGCGCCGCUCCGGGCUCUACUACUCCACUAAGGGCACGUCCAAGGACCCCCGGCACCUGCAGUACUUCGCCGACCUCACCGAGUCCAACAUCUACUACGUGACACAGGGCAAGAAGCACUAUGGGACACCCACCGAGUUUGGGUUCUGCAUCAAGCCCUACAAGGUGCGCAGUGGGGUGAAGGGCCUGAAGCUGCUCUGCAGUGAGGAUGAGCAGAGUCGGACCUGUUGGAUAGCAGCAUUCCGCCUCUUCAAGUACGGCAUGCAGCUCUACCGCAACUACCAGCAAGCACAGGCACGCCUGAGCCAGCACCCCUGGAUCACCCCCACGCCACUGCAGAGUGUGUCAGACAGCGCGCUGGUGGCCAUGGACUUCUCAGGGUGCACAGGGAGGGUGAUUGAGAACCCCAGCGAGGUGCUGACAGCAGUGCUGGAGGAGGCGCAGGCCUGGAGGAAGAAGACGACACACCGGUACAGCCUGCCUGCUGCCUGCCAGAGCUCCCCGCUCAGUGCUGCCAUUCAUCGCACCCAGCCGUGGUUCCAUGGGCGCAUCUCACGGGAGGACACCCAGCAGCUCAUCGGCCGCCAGGGGCUGGUGGAUGGAGUGUUCCUGGUGCGGGAGAGCCAGCGCAACCCCAAGGGCUUUGUGCUGUCCCUGUGCCACCUGCAGAAAGUCAAGCACUAUCUCAUCCUGCCGAGCGAGGAGGAGGGACGGCUCUACUUCACCAUGGACGACGGACAGACCCGCUUUGCUGACCUCAUCCAGCUCGUGGAGUUCCACCAGAUCAACCGUGGCAUCCUGCCCUGCAAGCUGCGGCACUACUGCACCUGUGUGGCCCUAUGAGCCUGGCGCUGCCGGCACGGCUUGGCACAGCUCAGCAUGGCAUCGCCGGCAGAAAUUGGCACAGCUUGGCACGGCACUGCUGGCAUAGGUUGGCACAGCUCAGCGCCGUGCUGCAGCACUGGCACAGCUCGACACAGCCAACACGGCACAGCACAGCCCUGCCGGCACACAAAGGCACCGCUCGCAGCAGUGAGCGCAGGGACGAGGGGGGCUCACCCCACACCCCGCUGCUGUGGCCCCUCACACUCUUGCACUUUGUCCCCCCCCCCAGCACCAGCCCCUCCAUUCUCACGGGGUCAUGGCUGCAGACCCCUCACCCCCAUCUCCAGGGGGCUCGUGGAGUUGCUCCCCUCCCCAUCAUGAGGAUGCGGGGCUUGGGGUCCCCACCACACCUCCCCAUGCCCCCCCAAGGCCAGUCGAACUGUGAUGUGUUUUAUA